UUUCACUCCAAAACCAAACCACACCAGGCAGAACAAAGAUUAUUGAUUAACAGUCAUCAGCUUGUUCUUCUCCUCUGUGUCAGCCAAUCACCACCUCAGCAAAGAUGGCAUCAGUCUUUCCGUUUGCUUUGUUGCUCUGUUUGUCCAGUGGACUGUUGACUGCAUAUGGUGAAGCUUGCUGUCCUCCUGGUUGGACUCAGUUUGGCUCUCGCUGUUUCGCUUUCUACAUCCAGACAAAGACCUGGAUCGAUGCAGAGACCUUCUGCCAGACCGCUGGUGGGACUCUGGCUUCCAUCCACUCAGAUGCGGAAUAUGCAUUCAUCAAAGACUACAUUUUCCAAGUGACCGGUAAACCGACAACUUAGUGGAUCGGAGGCUUUGACGCAGUGAAGGAGGGUAUGUGGUUGUGGUCUGAUGGAUCCCAAUUCAACUACAAAGGAUGGGGUGCGGGGGAGCCUAACAACUGUUGUGGAGGGGAGAACUGUCUUAUGAUGAACUGGAGAGACAGUUGGAACGACUUGGCUUGUAACAACCAGGCUCCUUUCGUGUGCUCCAAGAACCUGUGUGUGUAACUCUAACCCACCAUCAUGAUGCCUCUACAGCUCAUCUAUAAUCUCUAUCAUUGAUUCUCUUUCA